AUGUGGAAUGCAUGCACCCUGUGGGUCUUUGAGAAGAAAAAAGUUGACCCAAGAGUGGUGGUUGCAAGGACAAACAAUCUCCUGGGUGAAGUUAUUGUUGCUGGGAAAAAGGAGAAACUGCAAGAGGAAACUGGGGCGAGGGACGUGCAGGGGUGGACACCACCGCCUAGGGGUGUUGAUAAAGCAUAUUUAUAUAGGGUGUACGACAACCUAUCAGGUGUAUGCAAGAUCAACACAGAUGCUGCAGUAUCAGUGGAAGGCAAUAUCGGUUUGGGGAUGGUGGUUAGGGAUGAAGUGGGAGACGUUUUAAUGUCUGCGGGACGAAACUGGAGUGCACGAAUCACAGCCCUGCAGGCUGAAGCAGAAGCUAUGUGGUUUGGGUUACGAUAUGCCUAUGAUGCAAGCUUCAUAAAUGUGCAGCUAGAGUCCGACUGUUUGGUACUGGUUAAGCUGCUGCAAUCAAGAACCAAGGAGGAAUCAAGGACGCAAGUCAUUGUGAGUGAUAUUUGUAAUUUAGUGUGCUCUUUCUUAGCUUGUGCGUUUAAAUUUGCACCUAGAACAUGUAAUAAAGUGGCACAUGCCAUGGCCAAGGUUUCCUUACUCUUUGAAGAAGUCCUGGUCUGGAUGGAGGACUGCCCAUCUGACAUCUGCUCCCUUGUCAUGUUAUACAAGGCCUUGAUUGAGUAA